CGAUCAACUUUCUAUGUAUAUUUCAACAUUAUACAUAUUGACCUUGUUUUUCUGAAUUGAUAAGCAGGUCUCAUAAAUUUUAUAUUAUCAUUAUGGCAGCUCUAUAAAAAAUCGAAAACUUGCUCAUCGUCUUACAACAAAAGCAAUUAGUUUAUUUAUCGUGGCGAUUAGUUACACAUAUUCAAUAUUUAUUUCGAUAAAUGACCCUUGUACGUUGUGGCAAAAUGCAUAACUCAUACAUUAUUUAAACAAUGAUGUCUCCGCCUAAUAAAAAUUAACAAUGAUUUACUCAUAGACAUUACAGAAAAUUAGUUGCUCUAAGUAAGAUCGAGGUUAAUAGGUUUUUCAGGAGGCUAUUUUUAUCAUUCAGUGAACAGACAUAAUAUAGCUGUGAAAGUGCGGAUAAUAAAAAGUGAAAAUGCCUGAAAUUAGAAACGCACAAAAAUUAAACAAAAAACGAUUAUGUGGGUGCUGUAAUUCGUGUCGGAUUUUCCCGUCGUAUGGCAGAAGGAAUCAAAUACCUGAGAUAAUCAUUACUAAUAACAUGAACGAGAAGGACUACCGGCACUUUUACAAUAUUCCCCAGCCACUCGAUGCAGGAACUGUCAUCAAAGUUAAGGGAAUCGUUCUUCCAGAAUGCUCAAGGUUUGCGGUAAAUUUAUGUUGCACUAAAGAACCUACAACGGAUAUAGCUUUGCAUUUAAAUCCCAGGAUAUCACAGAGAUAUGUAGUACGAAAUACCCGCAUCAAAGAACGUUGGGGAGUAGAAGAGGUGACUUCGUUAUCAAAAUUUGAAUUAAUAAGAAAUCAACAGUUCCAAAUCGAUAUUGUUAUAACGGAAACAGAAUUUCUGAUCAACAUUAAUGGUAAAUACGUUUGUUCUUUUGCCUACCGACUUCCUGUAAUUGACAUAAAGGCGAUAUCGAUCGAAGGACCUGUGGAUUCAAUCAGCAUAGAAUAUGAAAAAACUUCGGUUUAUCCUGUUAUAAAGAAAUUUAUGGCUGUUGAAGAAAUUUAUGAAGAUGAAGAUAUUGUCAAUUCUGAUCAAAACUUGUCUGUUCCGUUGAAAUUAUCUUUAAAAGACGGUUUCCAACAAGGAUGGCAACUAGAAAUACAAGGAAGGGUUAAAGUGUUGCCAGUUAAUUUUUCUGUUAAUCUACAAGAUGGACCUCAGUUAUGGCCAAGACCUAACAUAUACCUCCACCUUAAUCCUCGUUUCGGGUAUGCAAAUACAAAGCACGUAUUCGUUAGAAACGCUUGGUUGGAAGGUUCCUGGGGUCCAGAGGAGAGAGUUGAAUGCUUCCUGUUCACUCCAGGAUCAUCAUUUAGUUUAGCGAUUCGAAAAUGUGACAGUCAUUUCUCGAUAUACGUUAACGGUCAGUUAGCAGGAGAGUUUACAUUUAGGGGCGACGUUAAUCGAAUCAACACUCUGUAUAUACAAGGAGAUGUCACAAUUAGUAAUGUAGUUAUGAGACAUAAGAUCAACGACAAAUAUUUUCAUAAUAGUAAACAAAGUAUCUCGGCUAGUAAAGAGUGAAUAAUUCAUAAAGUACACAGUUUGUUGAGCAACUUUUUCACUCUAUAUUUGUUGCACAUUCAUUUAUAAUACGAUGUAGUCACUUAAAAUCACGUAUCUAGUAUUUUUGUAUAAAUAUUGUUAUGAAUUUCUUUAAUUUUUUAUUUCUUAAACUUUUUGAUAUAUUAAUGCUUCUAAAUGUUCUUGAUUUUAGGAUAAUAAUUUUUGAAAGAUUGAUAGAGACUGAAGUUAAGUCUUAUUAUAUAAGAAAAACUAAUUUUAAAACAGAAGAGACCUAAAAUCAAUAACAUUGAGAAGCAUUAAUGUUGUUAUAUAAAUAAUAUAUUGUACUUUUUUUUGAUAAUUACUGUUUUACAUUUUAUUUCUUGAAUAAAUAAUCUGCUUUCAAUUUUAUCCUACAGUGAAUAAAUGUCAACUGGAAUAAAUAAUGAAACAUAUCAAAUUUUAAAUUAAAAAUUGAUAUUCUUCAACGUGAACAUGAGAUCUCCGCAUAGAUUUGGUGAUCGCUCUGCCCACUCCACCAACUUUUACCUCUUUAUCCACCCAUUGUAAACUACUGCGUUGAAGUACUGCCGGGCAUUGCGUUGGUAAUGUAGUAGUGCCUCAACUUGCUGGAAAAAUAUUGUUAUCACUGUAACUUGGAGGCUUUCUAGAUCGUGACGUAAAUUGCCAGCCAUAGCUGGAAUGAAAUCAAAGAAAACGCUGCAAAUGUUGUGGUUUCUAACAAUGCCUACCCAAACAAUAACUUAUCAGGGUAUUGAGUGUAUUCUCCUUAUAUUAAGUGAGAAUUUCCCUCCCUGGGGGUUGUACUUAUCAUUCGAAGAAGAUUGAAGACAGGGAUCGCAUUUUCACGUUAAACUUUGUCAAUUUAUAAGUUGAAUUUGACUUGCUUCGAAAUUAUUUAUGAAUAUGUACGAAAUAAUGAAUUUAUUCCAUUUGGCGAUUAUACAUUGUAAAUAUAACUACCGUUAGAAGUUUCCCAGUAAUAUUUGUAUUUAACUUAAGAAAUAUUUGGGACUUCGUUUCUGUGAAACACUCGAUGGGAAUGUCUUCAAGACGAUGUUUUUGGUUCAUUGUGAGAAAACGCGACACCCAUCUACAGUCCAAAUUUUCUCUACUCUGUCUGAUAGCUCGCCAUUGGACGAUCAUCCAGUACCGCUUUGUGGAAUUACCUCAACAUUCUGGUCUUCACAGGUCGUACGGCUUCGUUUAAACUCUGCUACCCAAUCUUCUACAGUUGAUAACGAAGGAGUGGUCUCACCCCGAGUAGAAUCUAGCUUUUAUAUUGUUUGGGUUGAGGCUUUUCAAAUAAAAGUAUUGUAUCACAUAACGCUGACCAAUGUUUCUUUAUUUCUUGAUUAUUAAAAAAUUCCUUAAAUUCCUCAGAAUUUAUACCUGCAUAUUGAUCAGCUAGAACCAUACAAACAUUUUCAGUUUGUGAUACUUUCUUUAUCAGUUUUAUGAAAUUAUCAGCGGUUGAAAUGUAAGAAUCUGCUUGUAAAAUGAUGUAUUAACAAAUGUUAUUAUUUUUUUGUGGAUCUCGAACCUCCGAAACCUCUAAUUGUGUCAAUUGACAAUUUAAAAUGGUUUUGUUGCUGGACCUAAAUGUGACAUUGAACCAUAUUUGUGAUAUCGUCUUGAUUUAUUUCUUAUACAAAUUUUACAGUUUUUACUAAUUUCUUUAAUGUUCCUUGUCUGGUUCUUUCCUACAUAUAAUGUACUGACUGCUUCUUGCAUUUGGGAAAUUCCAAUAUGACAAAUUUUCUUGUACUGAUUUUAAAAAUGUCUUGCUGAAUUAUUCUAUUAUUCUUAUCCAAACUCUUUUCGUUUGAUACUUCUUCAAGAAACUGGUCUUCACCUUUGUAUAAGCAAGAGUUUUUAAAAUCUCUUUAUGGAGGUCUGGUAUUAUCAAGGUCAAGGUAUUGAGGUUAUGUAAUAAAUAUUUGAUUUUGCAUCGCUUUCAGGCAAUAUCUUGAAAUCGAAUCGAAGUUUCUCCAUAUUUUUUUUUAUUUCUUCACUUGGGUAAACGAAAAUUGUCGGUUCAUAAGAUAAUAGUUUGGAUUAGUUGAAAUAAACAUGUGUUGUUCUGGAAACAAAGAUUUAUUUUUUUAACAAAUUUCAGUACUUAUGUAAUAUUGAUAGACUACUUUUACACUUUAACCAAAUCUUACUUGAAAACAGAGAAACGACAUUUAAAGUUCAUUUCUUCAUUUAUUUCUUAAAUAAGAAAUAAUUCUUGAAAUAAAACUAUUUACAUCUUCCAGCUUAUUUAAUCUCUGUAUUUUAUCUCAAUAGAAAUUGACAAUAACUUAACCUUCUUAACCUUCAGAUAAGUGAAGCAAACCAUGUUUCCAAUAAAAGAAAUUUCUGUGAAAUUUGUCGGAAAUACAUUCUUGGAAUAAAAAUUUCUAACUUUUAUUGGCAAAUAGGUAUGGAUCUUAUGAUACUGCUAUGGGGUCUUUUGACUACUCCAAACAUUUUCUAUUGUUAUGUAUAGUUUAUGGUUAUAAAAAAACCAAUAAAAGCCUGAAAACUUGUAUUAGCUCUCGUAUAUUUAUAAAAAUUUCAGUAAAUAUUUAGAUUAUUCUAUUUUCCCGUACAUCGAACGUAUUACCUCUACUACUAAGCCCACAUCUACCAUUUAAUCUAAUUUAACUUCAUCUUUCUCCUUUCUAAAGAAAGUAGCGUUAAUAUUUCAAAAAAUGUUCUCAAUUACGUUCUUAAUGUUAUAGAUAACUCUAUUUUGAUUCAAAUGUGUACAUUUUGUAGCAAAUAGUUCAGUAACUCCCGAUUUUAUUAUAUUUUUUCAUAUUUUUUGAACGUCAAGAAAUUACCGGGAUUCAGUUUGUGAAACAAGGAUUAUCACAUUCUUAGUAUCUUACAAAAGCAUUCUAAGGGCGUUUUAAAAAAUCGGUUCGAUUUUUUUUGUUGUCCGUGACUAAAAAUGCUGACUCGAAGUGAAUGUUGAGGACUGAAUCAGGAAAACACAGUAUUUUUGGCAAAAAAUUAGUUCAGUAUGAUUAGUUUGUGAUCACAGAAAAACGUUGAAAUUAUAGAAACUAUUUGAUUCAAAAUAUUCGUGGAUUUUUAGGGGUCUUACGUUCAAAUAAAAAUAUAAUUUGUAAUACAAAUUAUGACUUAGAUUCUUGAAUUGACUAUACAUUUAUAUAAGCUUUUUAUUGAUCAAUUCUCGGUAAUUUUUUACUCUAAUAAAUCUAGAGUGACAUUUUUCUUGAAAAUGUUGCUUACUUGAACAGCUUUUUAUAUGAUUACGCUUAUUUUUUAUAUUUAUUUUGUUUUUUUUAUAUUAUUAACACUGUCUUAACUUUUAUUAAAAUAUAACUAUAUACCAAAAAA